AUGACCUACGUCUCAAAUGAUCCCAGUUACUGGCCGUAUAUCAGUUUAAAUAUUUUUUUCGGCUAUUGGGCAGUUGCCGCGGGCGUCGUAGUGGUAUACGAUUGGGUCUUAACACUCGGACAAGAGAUUGAACUCAUCUGGAGACAACGCUGGUCUCAUGACCCUGCUGUAUUUGAUUGUUCGUACCUCAUGUUGUGCUUUAGCGUGGUGGGCAACUUGUGCUGGAUCCAAAAUGUUCUAGAUACGCUAUAUUGGAAUACCGUAUUCUAUUGUCAAUAUUCUGCAACUUAUGCCAUUGGUAUCGCUGACAGAUGCAGCACUAUUAUGAACCACGCAACAAAUGGCACAACUGUGGCGUUGACUGCCAUGUUGGGCGUGAUCAUGAUUGCUCGGUUGCAUGCCAUGUAUCAGGGAUCUAGAAUGAUGCUCAUCUUCCUUGUUAUUAUCUUCCUGGCUGUAAACAUCGCCUGCGGAGUAAUCGCGGCAAUAGCACUCGAUGAUACUGUACUGGAGGAGUUCAUACUCUCUGACACAUAUGUGUGCAGUUAUGUAAAUGGAGGGGGCGCGUUGCUUCUGUUUUCAAUGAUUUGGAUGCUCAACACUGUUUGGGAGGUCCUCGCACUGUUCCUUUCAGUCUGGGUUGCUGUGAAACACUUCCGUGAGCUGCGACGACUCAGUCCAUCGACAGGAUCGACCAUUGGGGACUGUUUCAGAGUGCUAAUACAAUCUCACGUUCUUUAUUUUGCAAGCUUUGCUGGUGUCUCUGGCCUCCAGUUUACUUAUCUCUCUCCAGGAAUCGCGAAUACAAGUUCUACUGAAGUUUUGAUACUCGAAGGAGCUCUUCAAAUUUUCUUGUCCAUUCAGAUGUUUGUGGUGGGACCACGUCUCAUCCUGAGCGUUCGAGAAUACCACGCCAAACUCGUGGCAUACUCCGACGCAGAAACUAGCAUGAAUUCGAUUGUUUUCCAGGAGCAUGUACAUGUAUCAACUAGCAGUACUGUGUAG